AUGUCGACAUAUGGCAUCUAUAUCGCCCUCCUGGCCCUGCAGGGACUGGGAUUGGUUUCAGCUCAAGACUCACACUCCACUGAAAAGGUCUGGGGGGUAUUUGCAUUCACUGUACACGGAGACAGCAAACCAAGUGUAAUCAGCAGUUCUCGAGCCCUAACCGACUAUGGAGCAAAGGAACUCGCCGCGGCCGCGUCGAAUUUCCGUUCUCGUUACAUAUCGAAAUCCGGAAUAUCAGAAACUGGAAUCCAGAAUAUUUCUCCGAUAAUACUAGACUCGAAUGACGUGAAUGUCCUCUCGACAGCCGAUCAGAAUGUUGUCGGCUCUGCUCAGGCAUUCAUGCAGGGGCUUUAUCCACCUCUCGGCACAAUGAAUGUAUCAAGUUCGCAAAAGGUCAAUGGAUCGUUCAUGCAGGCACCGCUAAACGGAUAUCAAUACCCGCGGAUCGUCACACUGGGCGAGGCAGAUCCUCAGUCUAUUAUGGUCGAUGGCCAAGCGAAGUGCAACAUGUACCAUGCCGCUGAGAGCGAAUACCGCAACAGCAAUGAAGUCAAAGAAAUCGCGCGAGACACAGAUAUAUUUUAUCAAAUGAUUUGGGGCCUGGGGAUGUCCAGCAUAUACGACGAGUCCUUUGCGACAUACACGAACGCCGUUCCCAUAUCCGAAUAUUUGGACUAUGAACUCGUGCACAACGAUACGUUCAUGCAAAGUAUGAAUCACGCCCAAAUCUUGCGCGCUCGCUCGCUGGCCGACCAGUAUCUGUGGAACACGAAUAGCCAACAGUCGUCCUCCAGCGGGAUGAUUAGAGCAGUCAGCCCGAUUGCAGGCCAGACGCUGGCAUCGAGUAUAUUGCAAGCCUUUGAUCUGAACAUCAAGGCCGGCGGCAACCAGCAGAAAAUGACGCUAUUGUUCGGCGGUGACGAGCCAGCAAUGGCAUUGUCUUCUCUCGUGGGACUCGCAAACGAUCGACAGCCGAAUUUCUUCUCUCGUCUCGUUCGUGGCGGCUCGUUCGUCUUUGAAUUGUACAGCUUCGAGGACAGCACCGAUCUGUACCCUUCAUACCCAGCAACUGACAAUCUGUAUGUUCGAUUCUUUCUGCACAAUGGGACGGACGAUGCGACGGCCUUUGAACCUUUCUCUCUCUUUGGGCACAGUCCCAGCCAGACCUCAAUAUCGUAUUCAGAGUUCUGCUCGGAAUUGGAGACUUUUGCCGUGAGCUCAGUGCAGGAAUGGUGUACCCAGUGCAAUGCCCAAUCCGUGUUCUGUCUGGGUGUGUUAGAUCAAAGCCAUUCUGCACCAAAGCACAAGAAGGGCAUGGCUCCCGCCGUGGCUGGAGUCAUUGGUGCCGUGGUGACUCUUGCUGUUGUCGGACUCACCGCAGCCAUUGUGUACUUUUGUGUUUCUCGCAAGGACAGGUCUCAGAAAGGAAGUGUGGGAGGGUUCAAAGGGCCUGGGAAGCUUGCCAGUGAUACGGACGUUUCCUUCCGCAAUCCCAUCUGGGGUGGUUCCAAGGCGGAAGACGUUGAGUCGUCCAAUGGCCUCAAUGCUGGGGCUUUUGUGCAGGGCCAGGAGCGUCACGGAAGCUGGGAAAUGGGACAGGGAAAGAAGGAAGUUGAGAAUGUUCAAGCGGGCGGAACGACAAGAUCACCGCUUGGGGAGGAAGAAGACGAUUGGAGAAUUCACAGUGGUCUUCAACCUGUGAAGAUCCGGGAAAGUGUAUAG